AUCUCCUACCCAGGCCAUCUAGCCAUACGGCAAAGGGAAGUGUAAAAUCUCACAAUAGCUCUCUCUGCGGUAAUAUUUUUUUGUUCAGUUCCAUGGAGUUCAAGUUUCGAGCCGUUGAUGGCCGACCUCAAUUAUAUCCUUCCUCUUCUGCCGGCGUCGGACACUUCACCGAACAAGCAUUGAGAGCUGGUAUUUCAACCGCAGAUCCGAAUGAAAACCCGGAGCAAGUGCGAAACCCGAGUGACGUUCGAGAAGCAAUCCAGCGGGAGCUCGAGAAGGUGCGGAUUAGAGAAGAGAUAAUCAUGGCGGAGAUCGCUCGGCGCCAGAUGCUGGAAGCGGAGGUGAGGAGGGAGCUGAUGAUGGAGCGAGAAAUGGUCAUGCGGAGGCUCAUGGCCGAGGGCUUGUCAGUUGAACCGAGGCUGCCAUCUCUGCUUCCCUUUGAGGGUUUGGCAUUUCCUGGUCAUAGCGGCGGAUUUGAUAUGUUUACAGUGCAAGCAUCUCGGGAAGUUAUGGUUCCUGAUUUUAAGAAUUCGUUGGAGGUUAACAAGGAUAAGUUAAUCCUACUGGCUAAGCCCAACUCAAAUCUUUCUGGAGCAAAGCAGAAAGCUGUGACCCCACCAGCAGGGAGCUCUAGUGAGCUCCAACCAUAUGGUUUGAAGAAAAGACCCAAGGAGGAGUGGAGUUGCGCCCUCUGUAAGGUCAGUGCCACAAACGAGAGAGGUUUCAACGAUCACCUUCAAGGAAAGAAGCACAAGGCCAAAGAAACAGGGCUUAGAGCUAAGAGAAUAGGCAAGAUUGCUAGCUCAAUACCACCGCCAAAGGAAACUUCAAAGCCUUCUCAGUUUACAGAGACCACAGAUUUUGGAAGCUUGGGACUGGAAGCAAGAGUAGAAGGGGAAUCGCUUCAACAGAAUGAAUUUAAAAUCCAGAUGACAGAAAAUUUGAAGAAAAAUGAGCAGGUUCCGGUGCUGAAAAAACGAAUUGCAGAAAAUUCUAAGAAGAGAAAGGGCACUGCACUAGCGGAGGGAGCUGAGAAAACAACAGAAUAUAAGAAGCAGAAGCAAUUCAAGUUUUGGUGUGCAAUGUGUCAAAUUGGUGCCUACUCUCAAGUGGUGAUGGACGCUCAUGAAAAGGGAAAAAAACACAGGGCUCGGCUUCACAAUCUUGGUAAAAAAGAUGGAGUUGUUGCAACCACAAUCUACAAGGCAUCAUCUGAUGAUACUCGGAAGGCAGUAGAUACAGAUCUGGUGGCCAAAGCAGCAAAGAAGUCAAAUCCUACUCGAAAGACAGUCGUGAUGACCAAAGAAGAAAUUGAGAAGACCACAUAAACUGUUGAUGCAGAUGCAGAAAACUCAGCUUCUCUCUCCAAUGCAAUUUAAUUAGUGGAGAUGGGGGGAUACCAGAUUUAGGUUACUAUUUCUGUUUAGCUAGUGAACAACGUGACUAUUUUCUAUGACUAAGUUUAAUCAGGUCGAGGACAGGUAUCAUUUGAAAAACUGGGAAGCUCCACUGAUUAAAAGAUUGACAGUUUCUCUGUUUACAAUUCUGAAAAAGGAAAUUGAAGAAUCACAAGUAAAGAAAAGAGCUGAAAUUAUAA